AGCUUUUCUUUUUUUUUUCCCGGCUUUUCACAUACUUAACCUAAUAGCCUUUAGAUCAGGUCUCAACCAGUCCGUCUCUCCUCAAGACAACCUAGAAACCCAAAAAAGCAACCAGGGCCCCCUCGACCUUUUUGUGGUGUUUUUUUCUCCGCUUUGCAAGCAAGAUCCACAGCCUAUUCACACACACACCUUACACUACCAAACAGUCAGUUCGUCCCGUCACUCUUGGCCUUGUUCAUCCCAUCUCCACCUGGAGAUCCGAGCCACCAGUGGGAGCCGGCAUCACCCCGGCUUUCUUGCCGACUGGGCUGCGUGACGCAGUACGCAGUAGCCCUCGACUAGCCCAUCGUCGAGCCGAACGCCUCCUACGCGACUUGCGAAGCUAGGGGGAAUCGAAAUCGUGAGAUCAAAUCAGUCUCUGUCAUUGCCGCCACGUCGGGUCUGGAAGUGGAACGGGUAACGAGGGGGGAAGGAUUCACCAGCUCUGUGUUUGGUGUGUUUUUUGUGUGCUCGCUCGGCGUUUUGUGUGCUCGGUGUGAUCUUUCUUCCGUCAUCGUCUCUUGUCUAACUCUUGGUGAUCGCCUCGCUUUCUUUCUCUCUUCUUCCUCUCUCUGUCUCUCUCUCUCUCUCUCUCUCUUUCUCUUAUUUUAUAACCCUUUCUCGCAACAAUACCAUAGUGAUACAAGAAACGAUAUUGGCCGAUUCCCACCAGGUCACACCACUCAUGUCGUCAAGAAACCCAACAACCUGGGACCAGUACGAGCGCGGGGGUCGGUCUCCCGGCAGAACUGGCAGUUUUUCCUCGGUGGGAAACAGGAGUGUUCAGUUCGAAAACGAGUCACUGCUUGGCCGCAGUGCUGACGCUAAUGGUUACGGCGAGGAUGGGGAAUGGCCACAGUUGAGGCAUAGGAGAUCUUCCAUCACCAACCGUCUUUCCGCCGUGGCCGAUAUUGGAGGCGUGAACAGUAUCCGCUCCUUCACCAGGAGUUGGCAGCGCGCCGCCGGCUUCAGCGAAGUCAUCCCCCAACGCCCGUCCUUCGUUUUUGCCCCGGAUCAAGCCCCAAUAGCAGCGCCGCCCUCCGGCGCGACUCCCAUUCAGUAUGGAAGGAGUGAUCUCGAAGCUGGCGAGGCGACGCCCCGGUCAUCUCUGCUACGACAACACUUUGAAUCUGCUGCCGGCUCUGCUCCUCAAAACGAAGUCGCGGAACCUAGCACGACGACGACGACAACGACGACGCAACGGCAUUCGACCGAUUACCGAGAACGCGAGGCGAAGGCGCUCGAGAAUGAGCUCGCCCAGGGGUUUCGUGUAGGAAGCGCAGGAUCGAUAUUUGCGGUUCCGCCACACUUGGCUACUCCUCCGAUCGUGGGCAGUUAUGGGUCGAUUCCUGAUUAUGGGACUACACAGUCCAGGGGCAGCAUGAGCAGGCAAUCGAUAGAUCAGGUCUCGGUUCUGUGGAGGGAACCCCAAGAAGUGCCGGCGAACGUGCCCGAUCAGGAGAUCCCGCCCAUCUUGGUGAAGGAGGUUGAGCAGGACGGGAAGAUCGUGUUGGCAGUUGAGGGACAGUCGACGCUCCCGCAAACGGUGUUUAACUCUAUCAAUGUUCUCAUUGGAGUUGGCCUCCUAAGUUUGCCAAUGGGCAUCAAAUACGCCGGCUGGCUCUGCGGCAUGGUCACUCUACUUCUAUGUGCCCUCGUAACCGUCUAUACCGCGAAGCUGUUGGCGAAAUGCAUGGAUUUGGAUCCUAGUUUGAUCACCUUUUCCGACCUCGCCUUCAUCUCGUUCGGCCGAAGUGCGCGCAUAGCCACCAGUAUUCUCUUUACGCUCGAGCUACUUGCUGCCUGCGUCGCCCUUAUUGUUCUCUUUGCGGACUCUCUCGAUCUUCUCUUCCCGGGCUUCCUGUCGGUCACAGGGUGGAAGAUCAUCUGUGCUGUUAUUAUGGUACCGCUGAACUUUUUGCCGUUGAGGCUGUUGAGCUUCACGAGCAUUAUUGGCAUUUUCUGCUGCUUUUCAAUUGUCCUCAUCUUGCUCACCGAUGGCUUCCUCAAGCCUACAGCGCCUGGUUCCCUUAUCGAGCCUGCCAAAACCUACAUGUUUCCACAAAAUUGGCUGACUUUGCCUCUCUCGUUUGGUCUGCUCAUGUCUCCCUGGGGUGGCCAUGGCGUAUUCCCAAAUAUCUACCGAGACAUGAGACAUCCGUACAAGUACACAAAGGCUUUGAAAAUCACCUUUUCGUUUACCUAUCUCCUAGACGCAACCACAGCAGUCGCCGGUCUCCUCAUGUUCGGUGACGGCGUCCGCGACGAAAUCACAUCCAACAUCCUGCUCGAGGCCAGCUACCCCAAGGUCCUAACCUUUUUCAUGUGCGCCUUCGUCGCCAUCAUCCCACUAACCAAGAUCCCGCUUAACGCGCGUCCUAUCAUUGCCACACUCGAGGUCCUGUUCGGCCUACACACGACGACGGUCGCCGAGAGCUCCGGGCUCGUGGGCCGCUCCAUGUACUUCCGUGGCGUCAUGAAGAUUGCCAUUCGCGCGCUGACCAUCUUCUGCUUCCUGGUAAUAUCGAUUGUAUUCCCGGCAUUUGAUAGCAUUAUGGCUUUUAUGGGGAGUGCGUUGUGUUUCCAGAUUUGCGUAAUUCUACCCGUCCUCUUCCACCUCAAGCUCUUCGGCAGCAGCAUGUCGCGCAGAGAGAAGAUUUUCAAUUACUUCUUGCUUGCGGUAUCCAUCACGUUAUCUACCGUUGGCACUGUUUGGGCUUUCCUACCAAAGAGUAUUUUCGCUCCUGAAUAAAGGGGAGCCAGGAUGAUGUUGCAUAUAAUUGCUGUUGUUUCUAGUUUUUCGGGUAUUCUUUUGGGAUGAUCUCUUUUAGACCGCAUUGCAUCAUGGUGGUGUCGCUAUUUGCAUCUCUUUUUGAACUGGUUAGGCUAGGCUAGCUAGAUUUGUUUUGAAUGUGUAUGGAAUGCAUUCGAGCCUCUAAUGUGGUUUUACGGCCAAAUCACUAUAUUUCAUAGUAUGCUAUGGACAAAUGCUGACAUCAUCUUGACUGGUUAAA